GCCCUUCCUGUGACAUGACCUGACCUAAAAUGGAGCGUUCUUGUGAGCCACCUGAGAGAAAAGGCGCCCCCCACGACAUUUUGAGCUGAUUUAUACUCUCGUGAUAUCUCGCCGGCGCAGAAUAGCGGGCGAUGUUCCAAUCCGUUCUUACAUAAAUACUGCUUUCUUCCUAUUGAACUUUACAAUAUUGCGCAUCAAAUAAUUUGCAUCACAACAUUCGCACUGCCUACUGUAUUAGACAACCUCGAUCAAAAUGGCCAACAAUGACCUCCAUUUCCGCAUCGCAACUCUUGACGAUGCGUCUCAGCUUCAAGCAAUGGUGGAAUCCGCAUUCCGCGCUGAAGACAGCAGACAAGACUGGACAGCGGACAUGAAACUCGGGGAGAGCUUCCGUCUAGAUGUCAAAGAAAUCAUCACACAAAUCAACAAGCCCGACGGUGCGAUCCUGAUGGCCACCGACAACAACAACAACGCACUCGUGGGCUCCGUUGAGGUUUUCAAGCGCAGCGAUGACCUCGCCCGCAUUUCCAUGCUGGCCGUUGACCAGACUUGUCAACGUGGCGGUAUUGGGCGUCAGGUUCUCGCCUAUGCUGAAGACUACUGUCAGAAGACUUGGGGUGUUAACAAGCUGGGUUUAAACGCCCUUGAGACGCGCCAAGAGCUUAUCAAAUGGUACAUGCGCCGCGGCUAUGAAAAGACAGGCGAAACAUCGCCUUUUCCCAGGGACCGGGUCGCGGAGUUGGAUUUGCCGGAGGAUUUGUGUUUUAUUGAACUAGAGAAAGAUGUGAAAGCAGCUGCUGGUGCAACCGAGGCAGUUUGAGCCGGUCAUCAGGUAGAAAUACAUCCCAGGUAGAGAAUAGGUUCGGUAGAGGAAUAGGCUCGGUAGAUAGGUAGUUUAGGUUAACCUGCGGGCAUACUAGCUUCGUGGAAUACGAUAAAUCCGUGCGAAGUGCUUAUUCCAAUACUGAUGCAUCAGAUUGCUACGGCCUUGGCUGAUGUAGAUAUUUAUCGUAUGAGACAGAGUGAAAACACUACAG